GGCCGGGAGGCUGUUAACGGGUCUGGUAAGUGCGGUGAUGGCGCAUUGCUCGGCACAGCGCGGCUGCUGCUGCGGUAGCGUCCUGUGUUACGGCUAUGUCCCGACAGGUAACAUGUAUCGGGACUGCCGCAGCGCGGGAGGAGACCGUGUCCGGCCGGUGGGACUGUCGUGGGGAACGUGGGUAGCCAGGGCACAGCCGUAGGGCAACUGCAGUGGCUUGUGAGAAUCGUUUCAAGUACGAGACUGAGAAAUGGUUAAAAGCGGGCAGUUGUCCCGUGUGUCUUAGCUUGUAAAAAAUAGGGAAUGCUGAUGGCUGGGGAGGAGUCAGUAAAAAUCCGGUUAACUCGAAGCAGACAGAUUUCAUUGAAGUGUGGCUAAGGCUUUCUAAUUUAAACCAUAAUUAAAGCUGAAAAAUAAACUACCGAGGGAGGUGCAGUGUCUCCAUCAUCAGAGCAGUUCAAAUUAAACGAAAAUCUGUCGGGAGCAGUGUAGGUGUCAAGGAUUUUCUGCGAGUGGAGAACUUGAUAGUCUCAUUAAAGGCAUUUCCACUUCUCUUGCUUUGUCUGGUUGCACAAAACCAUUACUUUGGACUGUCCAACUUCCCUGAUCUUUUGAUCUGUGUCUGAAAAAUCUUUGUGUGGUGAUGGUUUCAGCUCACAGCUGCAGGAAUGCUAAAGCAGAUGGGGACUUGGGAGCACUCGUAAGUGGAAAGUGACUUUGGCUUUUUAGGGGUCCCCCUGCUCCAUUGCAGGCUGAGCGUGCAGGCAGCUCCCAGGAUGACCUGGCAGGGAUGACCAGCAUCUCCUGGCUUGAUUCCUCCCAGAGCCGGGGCUUUGAAUUACCAGCAGGCUGGUGACGGUGUGGCCCUGGGGCUCCUCACGUGCCAGAGCCCUGGCGUGUCGGCUGCUUCUACCCCUAAGCUGCACAGUGCUCAGGAAGCCACAGGCUGAGUGCACAUAGCCAUUGUCUUUCCAGGCUCUGGGUUUGGUCUUCUGCAUGCUGGCGUGAUUUUGACCAGGGGGGUUUGUUUUGUGUUGGGUUUUUUUCAGCAUAGGUGGUAUGUCCUGCAUUCAGCAGCUAUGGGAAGGUUUGUGUGUGGGACACUUGGCUUGAGCAGCCCAAAAGGACUUUGCCUUAAAAGCUGCAGGAGUUUUUACUUUUGUGAAAACCAUAUUGUAGGCAAGGUUUUCAAAUUUAUUCUGGUGUGGGUUGGUUAUUUUAGUCAUUGACUAAUGAAUUUAUAGAUAAGUGUGUUUUUAAAAACCAGAUAGAGACCUUGGCUCAAAUUGGCAACUGAAACUGUUAUAAAUUACACACAACUGAGGAACCCCCAUCUGAAACUUUUUUGACUGGCAGGAUGACUUCUACCACCAAAACGUCAUUGUGAAAGAAACAGCACACCGUAUCGAGAUGGCUGAUGAUAACGAAGACCUGCAGGCGGAUGAAGAACUUCCGGCUCCAGCUGAGGACAGCUUUGAGCAGCUGGAGAACGACAGUCCUGCUGAGCGCAGUGGGCACGUGGCAGUCACUGAUGGGCGCUGCAUGUAUGUCUGGGGAGGCUAUAAGAAUGCCCAAGUUAGGGGAUUUUAUGACUUCUAUCUGCCUAGAGAUGAAAUAUGGAUCUACAACAUGGAAACUGGAAGAUGGAAGAAGAGUAAAACAGAGGGAGAUGUUCCUCCUUCCAUGUCUGGAAGUUGUGCCGUGUGUGUAGACAGAGUGGUGUACCUCUUUGGAGGACAUCACGCACGUGGCAACACAAACAAGUUCUACAUGUUAAAUUCCAGAUCCACGGACAAAGUGCUGCAGUGGGUCAGAGUAGAUUGUCAGGGGGUACCCCCUUCAUCAAAGGACAAACUUGGCGUUUGGGUUUACAAAAACAAGCUAAUAUUUUUUGGAGGCUAUGGUUAUUUUCCUGAAGGGAAACAACGGGGAACUUUUGAAUUUGAUGAAACCUCUUUUUGGAAUUCAGGUCUUCCUAGAGGGUGGAAUGACCAUGUGCAUGUUCUGGACACUGAAACUUUUACUUGGAGCCAGCCUAUAACUACGGGUAAAACUCCAUCACCACGCGCAGCUCACGCCUGUGCUACAGUUGGGAACAGAGGCUAUGUGUUUGGUGGCAGAUACAGGGAAUCCAGAAUGAAUGAUCUUUACUAUCUGAAUUUGGACACGUGGGAGUGGAAUGAAAUAAUCACACAAGGCAUUUGCCCAGUUGGCCGAUCAUGGCAUUCUUUAACACCAAUUUCCUCGGAUCACCUCUUUCUCUUUGGAGGAUUCACCACUGACAAGCAGCCGUUAAGGUUUUGCUUGUUUUCAGGUGAUGCUUGGAUUUAUUGCAUCAGCAAGAAUGAGUGGGUACAGUUUGAGCAUAACUACUCUGAAAAACCAAGGUUGUGGCAUACUGCUUGUGCAAGUGAAGAGGGAGAGGUGAUCAUCUUUGGGGGCUGUGCCAACAACUUACUUGCCCACUCAAAAGCUGCUCACAGUAAUGAAAUACUUGUGUUUUCCCUACAACCAAGAUCUCUCGUAAGGCUGUGCCUCGAAGCAGUGAUUUGCUUUAAGGAGAUGCUGGCCAGUUCCUGGAAUUGCCUCCCCAAGCACUUGCUGCACAGCGUCAACCAGCGGUUUGGCAGCAACAACACCUCGGGCUCCUGAGCCCUCUGCAGAUGUUGCCGACCAAGCUGUGUGUGGAUGAGCAGCUCGAAGAUGUAAUAAUUCUACCAAGUGUGGCAAACAUUAAACUUGUAUAGAUUAAGUAUCUAUCUUGAAGUGUUUUGUGUAUUGUCAUAGAUAGUUGCUUCUUACCUUUUAAGUUGCAUGUGAAUGGCCUAGAGAGAACCUAUUUUUGUGUAAAGAUGUUUGCAAUAAAUGUAUUUAAUGGAAGUGGAGAUGUACCCUGUGCUUAAGCUAAAACUAGUUCUGGGUUUGUCCACUUGAAGUACGUUUGAGGGCCAGGCCCAAGCGAGAAGAUGGGGUGUGCGCAUGUGGAAAUACUUGUUACAGGGUCCCUAGUUAGGGACCCAAGGACUCCACUGGUUGUGCAGGAAGUUCUGAGGCACACCCUGACUGGUGAAGAGGAGUGUUGCUUUAGUCUAGGCUGAAGAUUGCAGUCCUGGCUUAGUCUACAGUGUUAGGAAACUGCUUAAUAUUUUUGCCACAAAUGCUUAAAGUCAGAGAAAUGGAAUUUGGAAAUUGUGUGUUGUCAGAGUUGAUAAACUGUCAUAAACCUUGAGAUGUUAAAGCACCACUACUAUGCUUGGUUGUAGUUUGGUAUUUUUGGAACUCUUUGUUGUGGAACUUCAGUUGUGAACCUUAGGUAGCAGAUAUUCUGCCCUGAGAAGUGUAAAGCUUGAAGUGAAAGCGCUUGAGCCCGUUACUGGCUGCAGCAGUGACCUGUGGAGCUCACCUACAGCUGGGACAGCCCGACAGACUUCAGCUGUGCAGAGGGACACUGGAAGUGGCUGUGGAGUGGGGUCAGCGCCUGCCUUCACCAACGCUGUUCUGUCUGUCAGCAGCUCCAGGAGGUGAUGGGGGAACAAGGAACAGGCUGUGCUGCUGCGGGGAAGGGGAAGGAUUGCAAUCAUGUUUAAUCUGUCCUCAAAAAAAAUUAAAACCUUUGACUUGUAGAACAAAGUAA